AGCACAUUAACUUCCGGGGCGCGGGGUGAAAAGCUGAAAUGUUAUGGUUUUGGAGUGUUCUUCAACUUUAGCUUGUUUGUAACAACGAGUUUUAGUAUAAAAACAUAAACCCCCUAGCAGCACUUUUAAUGGACGCAUUGCAAAGACACCAGUCACUUUAUAAAGGGAGGACUCCGCCAUGGAAAGAAAUGUACCGACAGCGCUGUGUAAACAGGCUGAAAAACAGCCGCUCCAGGCUGCUGGAGAGAUACCGGCAGAUGGGGGAGAGCCCGCAGUGUAGCGGCUCCGGGGCCUCCAUCAUCGUCCAGGAGGUGAUGGAGGAGGAGUGGAGCGCCCUGCAUUCAGAGGACUGGAGGCUGCCCUCCCUGUGGGGGCCGGACGGCAUGGCGGAGAAAUCUAGCUCCUCCUGUCUCCAAAAUUUGUCGCAAGAUCGAAUCCCACCAAACGCAGGCAGAUCUUCUGUCUACGAGGCAGACAGCACAAUGUUCAGUGUCACAAGGGAAUAUGAUGAACUAGCAGUGCUGGAAGAAAUCCAGCAGGAGCUCAUGUCUCAAGAAAUGUCUAUUAUUGAAGAGUACGAGAAGAACCUGCAGUUUGAGCAGCAGUACAUCUCCUCUGUUGUGGAAGGGAUGGAAGAGAUGGAAGAAAUGCAUAUUAUUUGUCCCAUAUGUCACAGGAACAACCUGAACAUCAACAGCCAUUUUAUCUCCUGUCCAUGUGGAGUUUAUAUCAACACUAAGAAACAGAACAUCACCCCUGACAUCCUGCAGCAUCUUCUGGAGUCCAGAGUCUCAGAACACAUGGAGGACUGUCUCCACAACCCUGUUUUCUCCUUAACUCCCAGCACAGAAAGCUCUCUCAACCUAAUGAUAAGCUGCCAGGUUUGUGACUAUCUGUCCAUCGUCCUGUGAACGGAGACACGGCUGUCAAAUUUGAUUUGAGGUUUAUUUUGGUGCUCACUUUAUGUUUUUUGAAAUAAAGACUAUUUUUUUUUAUAUUUAACAAGU